UUUUCCGACACCGCCCCCACCCACGACGACGAGCUUGUAGGGCUGCGCAUAGCUCUGUCUGUCAGCGACUUUCGACAUCUUUCUCCUCUCCCUCGCUCGCUCGCUCGUGCUUACUUGCUCUCACUGGCGCCGCACGCGCGCGAUUAAACGCUCAUCCCGCGUGCGUGAAAUUGACACGAUACAGGAGAGACGACUCAGUGUCGCGUGCGCGGAAACGGAACGGACGUUUUUCGCGACGCCGUCCGCCAAGGCUCGACCGCGCAGCCUCGUAGACGAGGCUCACUUUUUAUGGUCGGGAUUCUCCCUCCGCGACGGUGUCAGUAACGUAGGUUUUACGCUGUUUUGCGAAACAGUCGCGCGUGGCGCUGCGAGUUUCGCGUUUACUUUCUGGCUAUUCUCCUUUCUAACCUGAAAUCCCUACUAAAUUGUGAAUUGUGACAUUUGUGACAACUCAGCACAACUCGUCAGUGAUCGAAUUGUGUGGAGUCAUUUAAAUAAUUAUUUACAUAGUACAUCUUUCAAGUGACACAUAUUAAAAAUGAAUAGUUCGACAGACCCAAGGCGACCGGAUAAAGAAGUUCGCUACAAACCACCAGGUUCAAAUAAUCAGUUACAUAUGCAAGAUGACAUGACUCCAGAAUACAUGAACGUCAUAGGAAUGAUAUUUAGCAUGUGCGGCUUAAUGAUGAGAUUGAAAUGGUGUUCCUGGGUGGCACUUUACUGUUCCUGCAUCAGCUUUGCCAAUACACGAAUGUCCAACAAAGAUACGAUAGCGUCGUCAUGCUGGUGGCCAGAGUUCAACGUCAUCACUUCUAUCGCUGCUAUCAAUCUCCUCUUCUUCGGGAUUCGUUCCCGUAAUCCCGAUAUUAAUCCUUCGCGAUCCGGAGCGGUGUCUAAAAUGUUUGAAGAAGGAAUUUUACAAAAAAAGAUCGCGUAACCAGCUAUCUUGAAGGAUACGGUCAACAAAUAAUACUAGAAAUAGUCAAUUAGUAAAAUUCUCUCUUCUGAUUAGUCCAAUCAAAUGCUUCAAAGGAAAUGAGACCAAUUUCAUGACAUCAAUUUCGAUCGUUGAUUAUCGAUGCUGCCGGAUCGCGAAGGGUUUUAAGUGGUUUCA